AUGUCAAAUCGUGGUUCUAAGUCCGAUGGUAGCAAGGGCGCACAUUCGAAGAAUGAUGGUAGCGAUAAGAUGGAGAAAACAGCCGAUGGAUACGCAUGUAAGUCUUGUGGAGGUCCUGAUACCGAAGAAAUGGUGCAAUGUGAUCAGUGCAACGGAUGGCAUCAUUACGAUUGUGUGGGAGUAACAGAUGAAGUUGCCAACCAGAGCUGGAGAUGUACCAACUGCAUGACCGCAAAAGGGUUCCAGCGAACUACGUCAACUUCAAACAUACAACCAACAUCGAAGGAUGCCAAGAAGGAGUCAAAAUCCAAACGUACGUCCUCUGUUCAGAAAGCCACAACAGCAGUACCUACUUGUUCAUCGCAUGACAAAGCAUCGAUUCACUCUGAGCCAUCAAAGUCCUCCAAGCCGAUGGAAAGUUGUCCACCUACAGAGACAUGUCCACCUAAAAAGAAGUCAGAACCAAUGUCGUCGUUGAAACAGUCCGAUUCAGUGCUGUUGAAGAAGCCGAAAGAAAUUCAUCAGUUGAGUUUACGCAAUGAACAACAGAAUGAAAUAGUUUUCGCACCGUCAGUUGAAGGAGUUCCUACAAUCGAGCUAGAAAGGGCCUUUUCAGAAGUGUCAUGUUCAUCGUCGAAGAGAUCCGUACGUAAUCGUGCUAAAUUAGAACUCUUGAAGUUGCAGGAAGAAAGGAAUUUCGAGGAGAAGCAACAGCGUGAAGAAGAAGAACGCCAACGAGUGGCUACUCUGGCGAAGGCAGAAAAGCACAAGGAGUUUCUAGAUAAAAAAUAUAAAAUUCUGGAAAACUUAGCUAAAGAAAAAGGGUCGAGUCGGUGUUCCGGUUCUAUUGUUUCAAGAAGUCGAGUAGAGGAAUGGGUUGAGUCUUCCAGUCAGGCACAAUUGGAAACCGAUAAACGUUCAUCUGAUCCUGCUACUCAGCAACAAGCUCAACAAGUGGACAAUCGAAAAGAACAAACGCAGCAGGAACCGAUUCAGCAGCAAGAAGUUCUAUUAGAACAGCAGCAACGACAGCAACAGCUGCAACAAGAGCAGCUCCAGCAGCAACGGCAAAAACAGUUUCAGAAUGAAGAAGAAUUCCGACGACAUCAACAGCUGCAACGUGAAGAACAACUGUAUCAAGAAAAACUUCUGCAUGAACGAAGGCAACGGUUACAACAGAACGAAGACCGCAUCAACCAACUAUGGGAACGACAGUUACUACUGGAAAAACGCUUGCGUGAACAACCAUUAACAAACACUAUUCAAUCUGAAAGUCAAAAGUCUCCCAGACAAAUUCUUGCGUUACAAUCUAACAUCCUUCAGGAGAAUCUUGAAUCAGAUAACCAUAACCGAGAUUCAGUGCGUAGACAGUCAGGUCAGUUUAGUCCAAAUACUCUACCUCAGUCGACGCGAGUUCAACCCGAGAUGGUUCACCCAGUGGGCCUGCUAUUGGCACUCCAAAUGCUACAAACGUUCAGAUUUUGCCAGAGAACUCUAUGA